UCUACUUUGGGUCUUCCCGGGUCAACUCACUCCGUGUCCAUUGGGUUGAAGUGCUCGACUCGCCUAACUCGCUCCAGGACGACCCAUCCCAUCCCUGGGCUUCUCGUCCUCGGCCCCCUCCUCGCCGAUCUCUGUCUCCGCCAGCUGGAACCACCGACGUCCUCCACCGCGGCCCGCAACCAUGUCGUACACCCUCGCCUUUAAUUCCUCCGGCAAGCAUGCGUGAGGCGGCGAGGACGCGAAGUCAGGGACGCUCCCCGGGCCGUGCCUCAUGCCAACGACCACGUAGCCGUAGCCCGGGAGAACGGUGUUGUCGAUGAGGAUCGGGGUGGCGCUGCGGAGAAAGAGGCCGUCGAGGGUCUCUCCGGCGGCGAGGUGUGACUUGAUGCUCCGGGAAGAGGCGUCCGACUCCAGCGGCAACGACGACGACCGAAUAGGUGCAAGCAAGGGUUUUUUGGGCGGGGAUGAAAAUGGCGGUGGUGAGGGCUCGGCUGGAUCCGCGGGGCGUGAGGAUCGAUGGAGGGUUUUGGAGUGGUAGGGUUUCUGCAGGCAAGGAGACGAGGGUUUGCUUUGGGUUUCCCAGCGUUAGCUGCCGCCGUCAAAGACAGAGAGGCGGCCGUUCCUUCUGAUCUCUAGAGAGAGACUCCCGUCCGUGGACGGGCCGGUACGCCGACAGAGAGGCGGGCGGAUAUGCAGCACGUAAAACGGGGCCCACAUAAGUGCCAUCGAUUUCCCAUCCAAAAUGCGGGUAACUGAUGCGAGUGCGUCUAAACGGGUAGGAAAAGCAUCGCCAGAAGAGGCUCUUAGCCCGCUUCGUAUCAUAUCCGGUGACAGCUCGAGCCCGGAGUCUCUCCGCUACAGAUUUUGUGAUGCCGCCUCCGGCAUCCGCAAUCCCACAGUUCCGCUGCGUGUCAUCCUCCCUCCUCCGCUCAAGAAAUCUAAUCUCCACCGACCCUCACCAUAUCCACCGCCCCAAACCAAUUUCAAGCUUAAAUCUUCUCUCCUCCUCCUCUUCUCCUCCGCGACGGUGGCGAUGCGGCGCCAACUCCGAGGGGACGGGGUCGCGCCCGGAGGAGGAGGCGCUUUCGGGCAUGGUGGACGAGCUGCUGAGGAGGGAGGAGAACAAGGCCCUACUCGACGGGCUCGAGGAGGCCUCCGCCAGGGUGGAGCGGGCGAGGGAGGCUCUCGCGGACAUCGAGCGCCGGGCAGCCGACGUCUUGAGGGCUAAGGAGUACAUGCGCCAGCUCCAAAAUCGCGAGGCGGAGAUUGCACAAUCUCAAAGGGAAUUGUUAGAAGCAAGGGCAAAGGUGGAAGAAGCUCAGCGAUCCCUGUCAGCGAAUACGGAUGACAGCAAUAAUUCUGAUAUUGUCUUCGAAGACAUUAACAAAGAGAAAGAGAGACUAGAAUCUGCAAAGGCUGCUGUAGUUUCAUCUGUGGUUGGCACACUUGCUAGUGUCCCUAUAUAUCUGUAUCAAGCUACUAGCGUCCCUCAAGUUAUUCUUGACUUGGCAGUCAUUUCUAUUAGCUGUGCUUUAUUUGGAGUUACCUUUCGGUACACGGUAAGACAAGACCUGGAUAAUCUUCAACUCAAAACAGGGACAUGUGCAGCCUUUGGUUUAAUCAAGGGGCUUUCGGCAGCUGAGACUGGGAGGAUUCUGAAACUGGAUGCUGAAACUUUCAUCUCAUUUUCAAUUGAUGGAGCAGUGUAUGUGUCAGAGAAUAUCUUUAUCUUUCUUGCUGCUGCUGUUGCUCUAGACUUCUGCUUUAAGAUGAGGGUAUUAAGUCCUUUUCCAACAAGGAGAUAGACCAAGCAAAUUGCGAUUGCAGAUUGAAGCUAGUCUUUGCUGUUUUACAUAAUUGAUACAGUGAAUGCAAAGCCUGUAUCAUCUUUUAUAUUCUCGUUCAUUGAAUGAAGCCAUUGUUAUGACAACAACAAAUGUCUCUUGUGCCACUGCAGGCAGGUCUCUAACACUGUGUAAUCAAAGAAUCUGAUGUGCAUAUCAAGAACUUCUGUGAACUUGUUUGAUGCUA